CACAAGACUGCCUGACGGCCACCUCCCGGGCCCGAACAUCAAUGCAAUGUGACCGCUCUCGGUAGGGGCGAAAUCUACCCAGCUAAUGUUGCUCUGUCUAGUGAUCUUUGAUUGAGGCGCGGAAACCGCAUAGAAAGGUUCGAUGGUGAAAGAUAUCUUGUGCAACUAUAAAGUGCACAGUAUCUUCGAUGCGAAGUAUAUAACCACAGAGCAGCCACAGUCUCCCCAUACCUGCAUCAUACAGUCAAACGAGUUCAACAACAGUUUACAAUCGUCUCUACAUUCUCUGUUCAGUCACUACAAUGCCUUCCCAAAACCAACCCCAACAAUCUUCUACUGGCGGCAGGCCUACCGGCGCAACAGGUGGUGGCUACAACAGAUAUCCGUGCGAUAACUGGCAGCAAGAAGGUCAUCCACAGAACUACACUUUCGUCGACCAAAAGGGUCGAUUGUGCGCCCAUUGCAUGUGUGCACCCCGCCAGCGAUGAAAGGGAAGCAUCUUGAGCACUAGUAUCCGUACACUUGGAGGAUGCGUCUCUGUCACUUUUGGUCACUUUUGGAGGGCACAUUGAAGCUUUUUGUUGGGUGAUAGUCGGGAUUUACUUCGGUAUCCCUUGGUUCAAGCUGCGAUUUCUUGAAUGUACUGCGAUACUUGAUUUGAGGCAAAUUUUUAAUGGAAUAGAAGUUGGUU